AUGUGUGCUUCCUCAAGGCUGGGCUCCAUGCGCCUCAUGAGCGUCCUCUUCCGCCUCGUGCAGCUGCUCUUCAUCUGCGUGCCCUUCUCCCUGAUGGCCAGGGUGUGUGUUAAUCUGGUGCUUCUGCUUCACCGUGAGCCUCUUCAUCUUCCUAGUGGAGUUUUGCGGGCUCCAGUCCCGCCUCCCCUUCUCCUGGGACGACUCCUUUCUGGCUAUGCCCUGUACUCCACCCUAUUCUGCCUCUCAGCCUCCAUUAUUUUUGCCACCAAGUAUGUUCAGUUCUUGUCUCCAGGCCCCACCCGGGACUGCGCCACCACUGCCACCGCUUUCUCCUGCAUCGCCGCUGUGCUUUAUGCCACCGAAGCGUCCUGGAUCUCAGCUUUAUCAGCUGCCCGUUCGUUUCGGGCACCCGUCCGCCCUGCUCUCUGCCUCCUCUACACCACGGCUCUGGUCCUCUGGCCUCUCUACCAGUUCAGUGAGAAGUUGGGCGGCCAGCCCCAGCGGUCCAGCGAUGCCAGCUGCAGCGAUCACCUCACCUCCUUCGUCUGCAUCUGGGACCAGCGACUGACCGUGACCAUCUUGACAGCCAUCAACCUGCUGCUUUACGUGGCUGACACCGCGUACUUGGCCCGAGAGGCUCUUGUAGGAACUCAGGCUCAGCCCAGGGGCUCCCGAUAACCAUUCUCACUGGAAGUUUCUCUACUGGUGUCCUCUGGUGGCCUCUUCCUGGUGCCCUCUGACCCUUCUCACGUCCCUCCCCCUCAUCCCAGCCUCUUCUCUGUUUCCUUCCCUUCUUCUGCUCUGUCUCCCUCCCUCUUUUCUCUGGCUGCCCACACUCUGCUUUGCCUCUUUCUCUGUCUGCUCUCAUCUUUUCUACAUUUUCUGCUCUUUGCUGCUUUUCUGGUCUUUUGCCGUUUCAUCUCCUGUGAGCUGACCACGUCUUCCCAUGUUUCUUCUCCUGAUCACUGGGGACCCCGAGACGUCCUCCUUCUCUGCCCCUCCCUCCUCCUAAGGUGCUCAAGGCACAUCACACAGCCCUCUGUGCAGCUCCUCAUCCUCUGGGCCUCCAGAAGAAUUUCAUUGCCAAAGCCUGCCUGUCUCCAUGGCUGUGCCCUAGAUGGGGUGUGUGUGUGUGUGUGUGUGUGUGUGUGUGUGUGUGUGUGUGUGUGUCUGGUUUUGGGGGAUGGGAGUGGGUAGCUAUGGAUUGGGGCUCCUCCUGUCUUCCUAUAGAGAGGGCCUGUACAGCCCACCUCCCCUUUAAGUUAAACACAAUCUCUGGAGGUCAGUAAUGUCCAGUGGCAGGACUCUUGAGCCUGGUGCUCGGCCCCAUUGAGAUUGGUUCCAGCGUCUUUGCAGGCUUUUAAACACCCAUGGCCUAGAGUCCAUCUAGGUGGAUGCCUUCCAUCCAACCUUCUCUUGGGGGAAUCAAACAAGGAGCUGGCAAAGAACCACAGAGGCUUGAAGACAAUUGUCUGAAAUAAUUGGCAGGGGCAGUGAGAUGGUCUUCCCGCCUCAGUGUUUACAACAGCACGUCCCGUCUUUGCAGGGAGAAGAACAUGGCCACUGUCAGCCUUAAAGCUGAUGUGAGCCUGGGCUUGUUUCUUUUCUCCCUGGUCUUUUACCUGGUCACGAAAACCAAAAUUACUUGGUGGCCCAAGACUUAAAAAAUAAGUUUCUUUUCAACUUGUCUUUGGAGGGUGAUUUGGGUGGCUGGGGGCUGCUGCUGCCAGGGCAAAGGAAUUACAUUACUGUGUGUGUGAGGCACGCUGUGUGUUGUUGUGUGCCAGUUGUCUUCUGCUGCUGCUUCCUGCUUCUCUGGGAGUCACACAUCAUGUGCUCUCUAGAAAUGGAUGGAUAUAUAGAUUCUUUAAAGUACCUGGAGUUUCUGGUUCCCAUCAUUGGCUGCUGUCAAUCAUACAGAGAAACCUGGUUCCUUCUCCCCCAUCCAUAGUCCUUUUUUUUGUUAAAUCUAACUAAAAGACUAAGGAAAUCAAAGAACAAACCCCGAAAUCAUCAAAUCCCAAUAGCCCCAAAUUUUCCUAGAGUUCAAAAUAGGCCUAGCAGAUUUCCUUCUUCAGUUUGGGAACUGACUCUCCACCCCCCCACUUCCCCCAC